AUGUAUAUUCGGGUCUCAAAAUUUCUGGCUUACUUGCGCCUUUUAAUGCUUCUCUCCAUGCAGAUAUUUACCUCCAAUUCCUCAAAUUUAUUUGAACCGUCCCGAAUUGAACGACGAAAUCUUAAGCAGGCUGUAUUUCAGGUGGAAGAGAAUACAGAACCCGGCCAGAUUAUUGGAAGUAUUUAUGACAAAAUCAGUCUUCCUUUAGAUCGACGCUUCCAGUUCUCACUUCCCCAAAAUCCCUUCUUCAAAUUUGAUUCAGAGGGGUCUCUGGUGGUUGCAGGAAAACUCGAUAGAGAUGACAAUCCCGCUCUUUGUAAAGAACUCGGUUAUCCUGAGACUUGUGAAUGGACCAGUUUUCUUGUUGAUAACAAUGGAAACUACAUUUCCCUUCGUGUAUAUAUUGAAGAUGUUAACGACAACACUCCUUCUUGGCCGACCUCUAUUGUAACUAUAACCAUUCCCGAAAAUAGUGCGCCAAACUUCACCACAGAAUUAUCCCCAGCUCACGAUCCUGAUUAUGGUGUCAAUGGGAUUAAGGAGUAUAAAUUGAUUACCCCUCCUGAACAUGAGGAUCUUUUAAUGCUAAAAAUAAAUCCAUUCCAUUCGUCUGCACCCAAUCGACGCCAGACUCGAGAUCAAUAUAAGAAGACAAAAAGCAAAUCAACACAAAUUGGUAGUCCAGUUUUAGUACUUCUCAAACCCUUGGAUAGAGAGGAACUUCCCUGGGUGAAUUUAACACUUCUAGCUAUUGAUGGGAGUCCGCCUUACCACACCGGCGUUCUUGCUAUUCAUAUUAAAGUCAGCGAUGACAACGACCAUUCUCCCGUCUUUGUAUUCCAGAAAUAUAUUGCCCAACUUCCGGAAACUACACCCAUUGGAAGUACUGUCCUAUUGCAACCGAUCUCAAUCUCUCGACAGUCCGAUGAUAAUGGAAUAGCGGGGCCGCUUGUAGACCAUUUUCAAGUAGAAGAUCUAGAUGAAGGAUUAAAUGCAAAAAUCUUCUAUUCCUUUGCUCGAUCUACUCCCUUGGAGACACAACAAACCUUCAAUAUUGACAGUCACACAGGUCAACUUAGAAUAGCACGACCUUUGAGUUAUGAUGACGGUCCAAUAUCAUGGAAUUUUCAAGUUAUGGCCUCUGAUAAUGGCCGACCUCCACGAUCAUCCUUUACAGAUGUAUUAAUACAGUUAAAAGACUCAAAUAACCAUCCUCCCAACAUCAUAGUCCAAUCUACAGGGUCAAAAAAGUCUGAGAAUAAAGAAGACUCUAAAUCUGCAAUAACCACGGUCAACAUUCGAGAAAAUGUCAAGUUGGAUAAAAAGCAUAUAGCUACUAUGACAGUCACUGACAGGGAUACGGGUGAAGGAGGGCAGUUUGAGUGUUCCCUGCGUUCAGAAGAUGCUCAUUACUUUUCUCUUGUCUUGAAAGGUCAGCUACCUCAAGUCAUGAUCUAUGAUCUUCUUGUCAGUGGUAUGUUCGAUCGAGAGGCCGGAAAAGUCCGACUAGUUGGAAUAUUUUGCGAAGACAAGGGCAGUUCGAGACUCUCUUCAACUCAUCAUAUUCGGAUUAUAAUUGAGGAUGAAAAUGACAGCGAUCCGCUAUUUGAAUUCCCCUUCUAUCGAAUGGGAACCAAAGAGGGUCAACCGAAGGGGAGCAUUGUGGGACAAGUGAGGGCAUCCGACGAAGACGACGGUGAAUCUGCCCGACUGUCGUAUGAAAUCAUUUGGCCGAAGGGAACUCGCGUGGAAGACAGGGUAUUGAAUAUCGAUCGUGAAGGCAAUCUCAUUUCCAAAGUCGAAUUGGAUCGUGAAAGCGCGCCUUACGGAUAUAACUUGACGGUGAUUUGCCACGAUAAUGGAAUUCCAAGACGAAGUGCUUCCACCGAAGUCCACUUAGCUCUCAUGGAUGUCAACGACUGCGUUCCGGUGUUCUCUCAACCGGUCUACAAUUUCACCUUGACAGAAGAUUUUGGUACGUCGUUCCAAGGUCAACGUUUAGUUGGAAGAGUCCAUUCGACCGAUUGUGAUGGCCCAGAAUUUAACCGAAUUUCUUACAGUCUCCAGAAUUCUUAUCAUCAGUUUAGCAUUGACAACGAGGGACGCAUCUUUACCACUCGAACACUGGAUCGUGAGCAGGAAGCUGCGUAUGAGUUACUCGUUCUGGCUAUUGAUGGACCAAUAACAAGCGAGAACACCGCUGAUCGAUCGUUUAGCUCCGAUGGGAGGCACACAAGGACUCGAUAUAACACAGCGACGGCAACUGCAAAUGUCAUUGUCACUGAUCUCAACGAUAACCCACCUCAUUUUGUUCAUCCGUCAAAUACCAGCAGUAAAAUUAGAGUAUCAUAUCAAGAAGACGCUAAGUUCGUGUUGACAAGAAUGGUUGCCAUUGAUCCGGACAAUGCAGAAAAUGGAACCGUCUACUAUCGAAUAAUUCGCGGAAACAGAAAGUCCAUCUUCAAACUCGGAGAGUAUUCUGGGGAUCUCUACAUUGCCAAGAAGAUGGUGGUUGAACAAGUGGGAACUCACACUCUUCGGAUAGAGGCCAAGGAUGGUGGAGCCCAUCCGCAGAUAUCUCAUACAGACGUUGUAAUCUUCGUGGACGCAUCAGCUCCAGUUGGAUUGCACAACGAUUUCCUUCUCGGACUCGGACCCAAUGACGGCCCUGUGGGGGGCCUUGGCGAUAACGGCAGUGGUCUAGGCCUCGGCCUUAUUGGCACCGAGACAAUGGUUAUCGUCUACAUUGCUGUUGGCGUGACAUUCAUCAUUCUCUCCCUCCUCAUUGCAGGGUUUAUCUUCUGUCGAAGAGUGAAAUCGCGUCAUGGUAGAUAUCCGAGGCGCUUGCAUCGUGGUGGACAUCCAAGGCACUAUCAACCCAAUGGGACAAAAAUGAAUGGCUUUGUGGAGGUUAAUGAAAACACCGCGGAGAACUUCCACAAACCGUUAAAUGGUUAUAAGUCAGCAAAUAAUGACUGUUGUGAUGGCAAUGGCGAGACCUUCAAAACGCGUGGAAGCGCGAGGAAUGACUACCACCAACUUCCAUCCCACCUCACUGAGUCUUCUUGCUACACCAUUAGAAUGGCUUCAAUGCCGAGGCAUCGUCCAUCUGCCGGAGAUAUUAUUGAUACAACUUCGUCGACUCCUGCUGCUGCUGCUGCUUUCGCCUACAUCAUACCUUCAACUAGAGCUUCAGCAAAUGUUACUAGUGGAGUUGCGGGAAGCGAGGGCAACUACUACCUUCUACCUCAAUCACCCGGUUCAUCAACGGAACAAUCUGUAAUUGGACAGCCUGUUAGUACAUGUGUAAACCAGUAUGUUGGCUGUUCUGGAACUCUGGGAAAGGCGCACAGUGGAACUGAAGUAAUAACUAUCCCACUCUCCAAUGACACCUUAGUUCGGUCCGAGAUUUGGGCGAAUGAUUCCAAAUCCUCAGAAGCCUAUGUCACCCUGAGGCCCUAUUGUCACCUAGAUACAUGUCUGCAGAACAUACGCUUCGUGGAUCCUGGGGUUUCAGUGGAGGGUGGGUCCAAUAACCUAACGGACUCACCCUCGACAAAUUGUCUAUUCUUCCAACAUCGUCAGCAUUCCUCAGCGACGGACUCAAGUACCCCACCGACCACCCCCUCAAUAUCGAUUAUCGACUCUGUCACGGGAAAUCGUAUAUUUGUUCCGCAAUUUACUGGAAAUACUGGCGGAUUUAUUAUUCCUGCUUCCAAUAACCCCUCUUCCUCUUCAGCUGGAAUUAUUGCUGUAUCACCUGAGCCUUCUAUCAAGGUAGAUACAAAAGAAAAUACUCCAGAGAGUACCUCGAUAGCAAACUCUUCUGUAAAUCAGGGUUCUUCAGGAAUGGAGGUUUCAACAUAG